AGCUCUAGUUCCGGACGCGGCUGCAGCCGCCGCCGCCGCCACCACCACCUGUCACCUUAGCUCCGGCACCAGCAGCAGGUCUCUUCCCCCCCACCCCCGCCCCUGCCUGUCUUCUCGUCCCAGCCUGCUUCUCGUCUUGUCCCGUCUCCGCCUCUCUCUUGUCCCCUACAUGGAUCUGGUCGGGGUGGCUUCACCUGAGCCCGGGCCCGCGGCAGCCGCCGCCGCCGCCGCCUGGGGACCCAGCAAGUGCCCAUGGGCUGCCCCUCGGAACACCAUCUCCUGUUCUUUGGCUGACGUGAUGAGUGAAGAGCUGGCCAAAGAGCUGCAGCUGGAAGAGGAGGCCGCUGCCUUUCCCGACGUUGUUGUUGCUGAAGGACCAUUUAUUUCUGGAGAAAACAGUGACACUUCCAGCGACCUAAUGCUGGCUCAGAUGCUACAGAUGGAAUUUGACAGAGAAUAUGAUGCACAGCUUAGGCGUGAAGAAAAAAAAUUCAAUGGCGAUAGCAAAGUCUCUAUUUCCUUUGAAAAUUACCGAAAACUGCAUCCUUUUGAAGACAGUGAUAGCUCUGAAGAUGAGGUGGACUGGCAGGAUACUCGUGAUGACCCCUAUAGACCAGCAAAACCAGUUCCUACUCCUAAAAAGGGCUUUAUUGGAAAAGGAAAAGACAUAACCACCAAACAUGAUGAAGUAGUAUGUGGGAGAAAGAAUACAGCAAGAAUGGAAAAUUUUGCACCUGGGUUUCAGGUAGGAGAUGGAAUUGGAAUGGAUUUGAAACUCUCGAACCAUGUUUUCAAUGCUUUAAAACAACAUGCCUACUCAGAAGAGCGACGGAGUGCCCGCCUGCAUGAGAAGAAGGAGCAUUCCACUGCUGAAAAAGCCGUUGAUCCUAAGACACGCUUACUUAUGUAUAAGAUGGUCAACUCUGGAAUGCUGGAGACAAUCACUGGCUGCAUUAGUACAGGAAAGGAGUCUGUUGUCUUUCAUGCAUAUGGAGGGAGCAUGGAGGAUGAAAAGGAAGAUAGUAAAUCUAUACCUACAGAAUGUGCCAUCAAGGUAUUUAAAACAACCCUUAAUGAAUUUAAGAAUCGUGACAAAUACAUUAAAGAUGACUUCAGGUUUAAAGAUCGCUUCAGUAAACUAAACCCGCGUAAGAUCAUCCGCAUGUGGGCAGAAAAAGAAAUGCACAAUCUUACAAGAAUGCAGAGAGCUGGAAUUCCUUGUCCAACAGUUGUACUGCUCAAGAAGCACAUUUUAGUUAUGUCUUUUAUUGGCCAUGAUCAAGUUCCAGCCCCUAAAUUAAAAGAAGUAAAGCUUAGUAGUGAAGAAAUGAAAGACGCCUACUAUCAGACUCUUCAUUUGAUGCAGAAGCUGUACAAUGAAUGUACCCUUGUCCAUGCUGACCUCAGUGAAUAUAACAUGCUGUGGCAUGCUGGGAAGGUCUGGUUGAUUGAUGUCAGUCAGUCAGUAGAACCAACCCAUCCUCACGGCCUGGAGUUCUUAUUCCGAGACUGUAGGAACGUGUCACAGUUUUUCCAGAAAGGAGGAGUCAGGGAAGCCCUUGGUGAACGGGAGCUCUUCAAUGCCGUUUCUGGCUUGAACAUCUCCGCAGAUAACGAAGCCGACUUCUUAGCCGAGAUCGAGGCUCUGGAGAAAAUGAAUGAAGAUCACGUUCAGAAGAACGGGAGGAAGGCGGCCUCGUUUCUGAGGGAUGACGGUGGUCCGCCCGUGCUGUCUGCUGAGUAGCACCAGCGCCACUGCCGUCCCUGUCAACGCAGCGCCGCUGUCAGCGCCAGGAGCAGCAGCGAGUGAAGCGCGGGCGACUGGAAAUGCGCGCCGGAGGAGUGAGCCACGGUGCUUCUGUGCGUCCCCUGUAACCCACGUGCCGGAUGUGUGGAAUUUGUAGCUCGGCAUCGAGAGAAUAAAAUGUCACUACCUCUCAUCUUAUGAACAGGAUAUCACAAUUCUUUUACAGGCAUAGGUAGCUAGCUGAAGGAGACUGAAUUUUAGUUAACUCAUGGUUUAAAGUGUCUUGGUGAGACUGUCUCAAGCUUAGGUAACAUUUCCAAACACGGAGCCAAGGGCAGGCGUGUUUGCAUGCUGGGUGGGGUGACCGCGCUCUGCUCCUCUCCCCUCCCUGGAGUCUGGCCACCCUCCUGCAGCCCUCUGCCCUGCCCUUCGCCCGUCUCGUGUGUGCUUCAGAGUGCAGCCGUGAUCCUGAAGGGAAGUUGCUUCGCAGUGGAUGUGCAAAUGGGAAUCUGGCUUCAGAAUGGAUAAUGGAGGAAGACAUAAGCAAGGUAGACUUUAUUGACACAUCAUGAGAAAGAAUGGAAUUUUGUUGUUCCAAUGCUCAUGCCCAGGCAGGACAUAAGUUUCUGAAAGAACUUCUUAAUUCAGUUUAACUUUCAAAAUUUAACUUUCAGUGUUUCUCCAUAUAAGUUAAAUGGGUAGAAUAUAACUUACCUACAGUUAAGAUAAAAAUGUAAAUUAUAUGGAAAAACAGAAUGUUUAAUAUAGGUUUGGCAUAUUAUAAUGAAGUCAAUGAGACAGGCUUCAGUUUACAUUUCACUAAAACUGUAUACAUAUUGAUUAUUGAUUUGUUUGGAGAGAGAGCACCUUGGGUACCAAAUUAACCAGCUCACUGGAGCCAUCUGGCCUCGUUUCUGAUAGUCCUUGGGGCUGGUUGGGCAUUAUAAAACGCCAGCACUGUACUGGAGAGGUUCUCUGGCUGUGCUGGGACUGAACUUCACUGACAAGAUAACCAUCCCUCCAUCCCUCCGGUACUGAAGUCAGACUGCAACCACUAUAGACCCAGACUUUCUGUAAGGUAGUAGAAAGUAAUCUAAACAUGGUUUACAUUUGAAAGCUUUUAACAUUAUUUUUAAUGCCAAAAACAUUCUUUCUAGACAAAUACUUAUUUUUGUUUCUGUUCUAUUUUGCUUUUAGCUGCAUUUCAAAGAGGUGUGAUCUUGGGUAGACUCAUUUUAUGCCUGGAAUGUCUACUAAUCUGAAACAAAGAUUUAAAUGACUGGUAAUUUCUGGCUUUAUAGGAAUUUCAAUGAACUAAUUUUUAAAGCAUUCAUGUAAAUCUUUUUUUGUUUUUUUGGACAUAACUCUGACAAAAAGCAGCAAACCAUUGCUUGAGUGUGCUGUGUUCAUGCCUUUUAAGAAAUUAAAAAUGAAGAGAUCAUUUUA